AUGUCAGAUCCUGCCCCAACCCUUAUGCCUGGUCUGCCAGAAGGCUAUGUGGUUUCGUUUUCACGACUAACGAGACUGCGCCACGAGGCACGCCGGAUCAUCGAAUGGUUUGAACACCAUACCGACGGCAAUCAGUGGAUUGUGGUUCUCGGUCUGUCAUUAACAACAAAUGAAACUCUUACGACCGACUGCAACGCGCUUAACGGUGUCCCCUAUCAAUUCCAGUGGGAGGGCACGACUGGCCUUAUCAAGCUUACCCCUAGAGGAGAACAUGAGAUUGUUACAUCACAGUUCACUAUGGUAGUUCACGAUGAACUUAAAUCUAUUGGCCUCCCCCGCAAAGAAGCUGACAACUCGUAUUUGCCCCCCUCUCGCCAUAUAAGACCCAUCGAAAAUGCAGGCUACCCAUCACUUGUCAUUGAAACAGGUGUCUCGGAGUCGCUUGGGCGACUUCGUCAGGAUGCGCGCAAAUGGUUCGCGGAUUCCGGGGGUGACGUCCGGAUCGUUAUACUUAUCCAUACGAGUGAGAACAUUGUGUCAUUCGAGCAGUGGCAGUUGGCCCCGAGUACUGCACCCCGUCCGCUAACCAAGAGAUAUAUCGAUACCCUCUGUGCACGAACCCCCAAUAUCCCGCCGCGCACCGGACAGCCGACACAACGCCAGCAAGUCUACUGUGCCCAUCAAGUUAAUGUCACUAGAAACUUUGUUGCGGGAAUGCCGAUGGUUAUAGAUGGGGCUCCUAUGGUCCUCCCCUUUAUUGCAAUCCAGGAUCGCCCCCCGAGCCCAGGAGAGUGGGACAUUGUGAUAAGACCACAAGAAUUCGAUGAGAUAGCAGACUUGUUACUCUGA